AAUCAGGAUGCGACUGCCGUAGAAGGCUCGUCGCUGGAUUUACUCGACGAUGAGGAAAACCGCCGCCUGAAUCGACUUCUAGACAUCAGAAUCCUGCCAUUAUGCUGCUGGAUAUAUCUCUUAAACUUUCUUGAUAGAGGCAACAUCGGCAAUGCAAAGGUUCUCAACGAAGAAACCGGCGAUGAUUUGCUGCAGCGGACGGGGAUGACCGCCAUGGAUUACUCCAUCACUCUGACGCUCUUUUCCUUAGCAUACGCUGUGUUUGAAGUGCCUUCCAACUGGAUCAUGAAGCAUUAUGUGCGCCCGUCGAUCUGGUUAGGCACGCUACUUACCUGCUGGGGUAUCUUGACGCUUGGAUUUGCUGGUGUUAAGAAUUACGGCACCGUCCUCGCUCUGCGGUUGCUGAUUGGAGUUUGUGAAGCCGGCUUCUUUCCUGGUAUUUGCUAUCUCAUCACAAUAUGGUACCGUUACAACGAGCGAUCUGUACGAAUCGCUCUGGUUGUAGCCUUCUGCAACUUGGCCGGCGCGUUCGGGGGAGCGAUAGCAUACGGCAUCGGGCAGGUCAACGGCGCAUCUGGAUUGCAAGGAUUCCGCUGGCUCUUUAUUAUCGAGGGCAUUAUUACCGUCAUUUCAGCGCUGCCCGUCUUCCUCUUCCUCCCAGACUACCCUGCUCGGGCAAAGUGGCUCAGUGGCUCGGAGAAGCGCUUCGCUGAGGAUAGACUCAAGGAGCGAGGCGGUGGCUACCUUUCAAACCAUGCGAGUCGCAAGGAGAUCUUGGCUACUUUCUUCAGUCCACGAAUGCUGACACAUUACAUUGCAUACGUUGCCAACGUGGUGCAACAAGGAUCAUUUACGUUCUUUACCCCGACUAUCGUCACUGGCCUGGGAUACCAGUCCAUCCAGGCUCAACUCAUGACCGUGCCGCCAUGGGUUGUGGGGUUCGUGGUGGCCAUCACGCUCUCGUACUCUGCGGACCGUCUCAACAUGCGAGGCUGGCACAUCACGGGAGCAUCGCUGGCAGGAGGGACAGGAUGGCUGGUUGCAGGGCUGCUCCCUCCCGAUGCAUAUAUUAAACGAUACGGAUGCCUGUGUCUAGCAGCAGCUGGAGCAUUCCCCGCCGCGCCUUCGAUGACCAACUGGGUGGCUUGCAACACUCCCAGCCUGCUGACAAUCCCCUUCGCCCUCGCACUGCACAAUUCGUCUGCGGGCAUUGGGCAAAUCAUUGCGCAGUGGAUCUGGAAACCGGGAGAGGCUGAUCGAGGCUAUCCAACAGGAAAUUUUACGUGCGCUGGAUGCGCCUACUUUGUCGCCAUUCUGGCAACAGGGUUGCGCCUUUGGUAUGGCAGAAUGAAUUCCAAGGCUAUCAAGGAUGUGAGGGGAGAGUCGAGGAUCUGGUCGUACUGA